UUGUACUCUCUGGACCUGAAAUCUCCGCCUCUGCUUUCCAUGCAUGUUUGCAUGUGUCUGGCUUCAUGUUUACUGUUGGUUGCACUGCUGGUUAAGAAUCUAAUGGAAAACAUACAAAGAAAAAACGUGCAAAGGACAUUUUUCUAAUAUCUCUGGCUCCUGUGUUUUCACUGUUUAAUGCAAAAACACACAGGUACCACGUACAGACUUAUAUAGAUCUUUUCUCCUCCUACUGAAUGUCCAGCCCCUAGAAGGUGUGGUCUUCUCAUCUUUCAGAACUAAAUAUGCUUGUCAAAGACAGAAUAUCACAGCUCAGCUAUGGCUCUGGUGCAGGAACUUGUACAAACCCCCAGUGUUUUCACCCUUGUUGCUGCCCUGCUGGUUCUUCUUGUCUUCUGUCUUCUGUCCACCAACCACAAGGGAAAGGAGCCUCCAGGACCCAGAGCUUUGCCUCUCAUAGGAAACCUGCUGCAGCUGGACCUCAAGAGGCCCCAUCUCUCCCUCGGAAAGCUAUAUAAACAGUAUGGAUCUGUGUUUACCGUGUACUUCGGCCCCAAGAAGGUGGUGGUGCUCGCGGGCUACAGGACAGUGAGAGAGGCCCUGGUUAACCAUGCAGUGGAGUUUGGAGACCGGGAGAUGCAGCCAGUGUUUCAUGAUUUCUCCCAUGAACACGGAGUCCUAUUUGCCAAUGGAGACUCAUGGAAGGAGAUGAGGCGCUUUGCACUAUCAACCCUUCGUGACUUUGGGAUGGGAAAACGAGGGAUUGAGGAGAAAAUUGUUGAGGAGAUCCACUACAUGACAGAGGUGUUUGCCAACUUUACAGGCAAACCAUUUGACACCACUGAAGCACUGAAUCACUCAGUCUCCAACAUCAUCUCCUCCAUCGUCUACGGCAACAGGUUUGAAUAUGACGACCCAGAGUUCCAGAAGAUGGUCUAUCUGGCAAAGCAACGUAUCAAGCUCACCGGCGAUCCUGCCAUUAAUCUGUACAACAUGUUUCCAAGGUUGCGCCCUUGGCUGAAGGUAUGGACCACCCUGAUGAACACUAUUGAGGUCAGCUUGGAGCAGGAGAGAGGACUUAUAAGGAAACUCCAGGAAACUCUGAAUUCUGAGGACAAGAGAGGCUUUGUAGAUGCCUUCCUUCUCCGACAGCAGGAAGUCAAGAAGUCUGGGGAGCAAGUUUCUCAGUACUAUCACGAGAAGAACCUUCUCUACACCGUGAGCAACCUUUAUGCAGCUGGAACUGACACCACUGCGACCACACUGCGUUGGGGGCUGCUGUUUAUGGCCAAAUACCCCCAUAUCCAAGACCGUGUACAGGAGGAGCUGGACAGGGUCAUUGGGGGUCGGCAGACUCGAGUGGAGGACAGGAAGAACCUGCCGUAUACUGAUGCUGUGAUCCAUGAGAUACAGAGGAUGGGCAACAUAAUUCCACUAAAUCUCCCACAUGUCACAAGCUGUGACGUGGUCUUCCAGGGAUACCACAUCCGGAAGGGAACUGUGAUCAUUCCAUUCUUGACAUCUGUCCUAAGAGAUGAGAGUGAAUGGGAGAGUCCCAAUACCUUCAACCCCGGCCACUUCCUGGAUGAUCAUGGUCGGUUCGUAAAGAAGGAUGCCUUCAUGCCCUUCUCUGCAGGACGCCGAGUAUGCCUUGGAGAGAGUCUGGCCAGGAUGGAGAUCUUCCUCUUCUUCACCUCACUCCUGCAGAAGUUCAGGUUCACUCCACCUCCUGGGGUGUCCGAAUGUGAUCUGGACCUCACUCCAACUGUUGGGUUGGUCGUCAGCCCCCCCGCACAUAAACUGUGUGCUGUAAGCCGGGCUUGAAGCUGCUGAACCCUGAUGGUUUUUAUGGAGCUGAACUGCAACAUAAUCAUACUCCAGAUGGCUCUAACAGUCACUGUAGAUAAAACAUAAAAUUCAGCUAACAGAGAUGCCUACCUACCGGUCUAUCUGCCUACCUACCGGUCUAUCUGCCUACCUUCCAGUCUAUCUGCCUACCUUCCGGUCUAUCUGCCUACCUACCGGUCUAUAUGCCUACCUUCCGGUCUAUCUGCCUACCUACCGGUCUAUCUGCCUACCUACCUACUGACCCACCUGCAAGAAUGUAGUGUAAAGUAAUAGGGAUGUAUGAGGCAAAUAUUCCUCACUAGGAAUUAUGCAUAGAAUUAAAACUACAGAGUUUGUAUUCUUUUCCAAAAAGGCUCUCAUCAUAUGUGACAACUAAAUAGCAACUCAAAACAACUAAAUAGCAUAACAUCUUAAUAUUAUCUGGUUAAUGACCAUUUAAGUGUGUGGAGCACUUUGUAUUAUAUGCAUUGCUAUUUGUAGCCAGUUUCCCCCGUAUAAUAUGACCUGUACUGGGAAGUCGCAGUUGUAUUUUGAACUGACUGUUCUGGGGACCAGUAGCUUGCUGACCAUCUCCCUUCUGACUGACUAGGUUGGGCGGGGGGGUCUAUUGAUAAUAGAAUAGCUGGGGGGGAGGUCCGGUACCAGCAAGCAAUUGGUGAAACUGAAGAAGUCUUAAACCUAUUCAUUCCUCCGCCCCUGUGCACCACCAGGACCCGCUAAAGCCUGGUGUCCCUGGUGUUCCUGGUGUCCCCGCUAAAGUGUCCCUGCCAGGCCACUACUUUCUGCAUGCCUUUCUCUGCCGCCUGCAUUGUGACUAGAUACCAUUCUUUUACCAGAUGAAUUGACUGGCCUUGAUGAUCAUUUUAAUUUGAUACGUUGAAUAUCCUGAUUAUACUGCUAGUUUUAUAAAGUUCAUUUUGAUGGUACAUGGUCCCUCCAUGGUAUUCACUCUGUAAUUCUGUUGUCCGGGACAGACACCAUGUAAAAAUUUAAGAAAAGCCUUUGUAGUGUGAUAGUUUAGAUUUUUAUCAUUUACUGGUCGAUAGUUCUUGUGAAAGUUGAUACGUUUUCACUGAGGAUUUGAUCAAUUUGAAUUCAGAUAUUAAUAAAAAAAAGUUUUGUAAAAUA